AUGGAACCUGUUGGAAUUCUAGGACUGACGGGGCUCUUCAGCUCUUGCUUGGACGUUCUGGAGAGGUUCAACUCUUGGACGGACUUCAGCAACGAGUCGUGCUCGCUAGCAGCUCGAUGUGAGGCCAAUAAGCUUCGUUUCAAAAUAUGGGGCCAACGCGUCGAAAUGACACUCAAGAUGUCAUCUGCAAGCCGGGAAUCCAGUCAUCCUCUCCACACUCGAGUGCGGAAGCAGAGCAAUUGCUCUAUUACAUCCGGAACCAAUUCAGAAGCCGACGCCGAGUCUGAUACCGACUCGGACCAUAAGCUCUCUCCUAUGUCAUCCUCCAGUUCUGAGCCCGUCCCAGGCCUAUGGGCUGAGGAUAUUCAAGACUGGCAGUUCUCGUUUGGUAUCAAGUGGGCUUUGUUAAGGCUAGCCGGGUGGACCAGCGGCAACUCAGAGUCCUUCGAUUUUGCUCUUAGUGUCGCACCGUAG